AUGGCUGACACACCAAAGUAUCAUCCUGCCUUUACGAUCACCAAUGUAAAGUCGCUUAUACCGAUUACCUUGGAUACCAAUCAUGGAUUGUAUCACUCGUGGGCUGCGCUUUUUAAAGUGCUACAUCGAGUUCACGAUCUCACUUUUCACAUCAUUCCUCCUACGGAACCCUCUGAACUGGUGGCUUAUGAAACCUCCAAGAAGGCAGACCUUGCUUAUUGGAGGCGUUUGGAUGCCGCGGUCCUUAAUUGGAUUUAUGGCUCCAUUUCCCCUGAUCUUCUCACUGCCAUCCUACUUAAGGAUGACACCGCUCAUGGUGCUUGGACUCGCCUCGAGUCUAUGUUUCAGGACAAUAAAGCAGCACGGGCUUCUCAUCUCGAACAAGAACUUGCUGACCUUGAUUUCGAGAAUUUCUCUGACAUUGACGGCUACUGCAAUCACAUCAAAUCCCUUGCCGAUUGUCUUGCGGAUGUUGAUGCUCUGAUUCCAGAAACACGUCUCAUUCUCAAACUGACAGCAGGUCUUCCUGAGGCUUAUGCCGGAACGCUAGCCGAGCGCACCAUCAAGAACCGCCUGGCCAAGGAAAAUGGGUCCACCAGCCGUGCGCUGACAGCCCUCGUCUCCUCCACCGGCAGUCAGCAGCACCUUGAGUCUUCUGUGAACUCCUCACGGUCGACCACCAAACCCAACAAGCCAAAGAAGUCGAAUUCCAAGGCUUCUGGUAAAGGGCGCUCUUUUGGUUCAAAUCAGCAGCAAUCUGGCCCAUCAAAUGGCAUGCCUUGGCAACCUCAACAAGGCCCAUUUUCGUGGCCUUCCUGGAACCAGUGCCUGGGCCAGUGGCCUACUCCUCCAUGCCCGUAUCCCUCUCAAUCUUGGGCACCCCGGGCUGCUUCUUCUUCAACAGGCUCCAAGCAACUUGGGCCCGGCAUUCUUGGUCCAUCUCCUCAAGCAUACAGUGCACUUGAUAAUGGUCCGAAUCCUACUCCUACUCACAUUGCUGCUGCUAUGCAAAUGCUUGCUAAUCCCAAUCAGUCGGACCCCAACUAUUAUAUGGACACUGGCGCAACAUCUCAUAUGACGGCUGAUCGAGGUAUUCUCUCUCCCUAUGUCAAUUCGAGCAUUAAAAUCAUAAUAUUGUUGUUGACGGGAGCCCGCCUAAUGAGAUGUGACAGUUCCGGUGACCUAUAUCCUCUUUUUCCAAGCAAUCAAGCCAACUCAGUCACUCAUUCAAAUCUCUCUGUUGUCUCUUCCGACCUUUGGCAUAAUCGUUUAGGACAUCCCGACGAUACUGUUCUUAGAUCUUUGAGUACUAACAAUUCUUCUGGUCAUUGUUAUUAUCUAUUGCUUCUUGAUGACUACAACAAAUUUUUAUGGACUUAUCCUAUUACAAGGAAAUCACAAGUUAAACAUCUCUUCCAAUCCUUUCAUAAGAUAGUUCAUACUCAAUUUAAACGUAACAUUAAGACUUUCCAACGUGACAAUGGCACCGAAUAUGUCAAUG